AUGGCAACUGCACGUUGCAAUGGAGGUUCGUUGUUCUCGGAUUCCGGGAAGCUCGAGACCACGGCCGACGAGACAGUUGCGCGCAGAUCACCAGUCGAGGCUCGACGGGGGUCUGGGAGCCCAAAAAGGAGUUUUGGUAGCAUCAGCAGUAGAGCAUCAGGUGUAGAGCAAAACGAGACACGAAUCAUGGCAUGGCGCAUGGAUAGACUGCGGUCCGACAUGGAGUUGAUGGGCAUUGGCGAGACGAAAAUGUCCUCCAGCCAGGCUACGAAGACUCGAGUUCUUUUUGAAGUGUCCGAUCCCCAAACCGCGACAGACGUGCGACGAGCACGAAGUCAGGUGGUAGGAGUCCGGCGUGCAAUUAAAAUUGAUCUGGGGCAUAACUGA